AUGAAAAUCUUAUCUUGGAAUCUCCGUGGGCUUGGGAACCCACGGAGUAUUCGUUCUCUUCAUGAUUUACUCACGAGUGAAGUUCCCGAAAUUUUGUUUCUUCAAGAAACGAAAUUAUCAUCACGCCGGUUGGAGUUCUGUAAGUUGAGAUUGGGUUUUCGGUGUUGUUUUGGUGUUGACAGUGUGGGUCGAAGUGGAGGUUUGGCUCUAUUUUGGAAAGAAGAUAUUAAUCUGAGGAUUAUUAGUUAUUCUAGAAUCCAUAUUCAUGCAUCUAUUAAAAACUGUGAUGGGGUGGAGUGGUUGUUGACUGGGGUGUAUGGCCAUCCCGAUAGUGGGCAGGGAUCUGAAGGUUGGAGGCUUUUGAAAUUUUUGGGCCGUGGGGUUGUUUUACCAUGGAUAGUUUUUGGGGAUUUCAAUGAAAUUUUAGAUCAUUCUGAGAAACUGGGUGGAAACAUAAGAAGUGAUUUACAGAUGAGGGAGUUUCGAGAGGUCUUAUCAGAUUGUCACUUGAGGGAUUUGGGUUAUGUAGGGUCUCUUUUUACUUGGAGUAAUCGUAGGGGUGAGGAGGAUUUAGUGAAGGAAAGGUUAGAUCGCUUUCUUGCCAAUUCUUUGUGGUGUGAUAUGUUUCCAAAUCUUCGAGUAACACAUGGAGUUGUAGCCUACUCCGAUCACAUUCCAUUAUGGUUGGAUACUGAAGGGGCUUUGUUUAGAAGGAGGAGUAGGAGGUUGUUUAGAUUUGAGGCUAUGUGGGUGGGAGAAACUGAAUGUUCUUCGAUUAUUGAGAGGGUUUGGGGUCGGAGACAUGGUCCUAUUUCUUUGGAUCAGAUUAUGGGAAGAUUUUCAAGUUGUGCUACUGAAUUAGGAAGAUGGAAUAAGGCUUCUUUUGGCCAUGUGCAGAAAAAUUUAGCUACUGCUAAAAGGAGGCUUCAAUGCUUAGAAGAGAAUGACUCUGGACCACAUCGUCUAGAGGAACAUAAACAAGCAUGUCUUGAGGUUCAAAAAUGGCUUGAAAGGGAUGAGUUAAUGUGGAAGCAAAGAUCUCGGGGGGAUCAGAUGGAUGUCUUAAUUACUGAAUAUUUUCAGACUCUGUUCACUGCUACAGAUCGUGUGGAUAUGGAGGAUGUUCUUUCGGGUGUUGAGGCAAGAGUCACUGCUGAGAUGAAUGAGGAACUGUUAAAACCUUAUGCUGCUGAGGAGGUGGAGGUAGCUUUAAAACAGAUGCACCCUUCUAGGGCCCCUGGACCGGAUGGUAUGCCUCCUCUUUUCUUUCAGAAAUAUUGGGGUAUGUUAGGUAACUCCAUUACCAAUGCUUUACUUUCAGCUUUGAAUUCGGGGAUGUUUCCUAGUGGCUUAAAUCAUACUUUCAUUACUCUUAUCCCUAAAAAAGCUUCUCCUUCAAAGGUAGCAGAUUUCCGUCCCAUUAGUCUAUGUAAUGUGCUCUAUAAGAUCCUUUCUAAAGUCAUUGCUAAUAGACUUAAGAGAGUUUUGCCAUAUAUUAUCUCUAAUUCUCAAAGAGCGUUUGUUCCUGGUAGACAAAUUUCUGACAAUGUUCUUAUUGCCUAUGAGUUGCUGCAUUUCCUUCGUAAUAAGCGAAAGGGUAGGAAGGGGUUUAUGUCUCUCAAGCUUGAUAUGAGUAAAGCAUAUGAUAGGUGUGUUAGAACAGUUUCUUUCUCUGUUUUAGUCAAUGGGAGUCCUAAAGGCCCUAUUAUUCCUUCUCGAGGCCUUAGGCAAGGAGAUCCGUUAUCACCAUAUUUAUUUCUUUUGUGCACGGAAGAUCUUAUUUCUUUGCUAAAAAGAAAUGCUAGUAGGGAAGGGGUGGAUGGAAUAAGGAUUUGUAGAAGUGCUCCUAGAAUAAAUCACCUGUUAUUUGCGGAUGAUAGUGUCAUAUUUUGUAAAGCUGAUGUGAUUACAAAUGUGAAGAUCCAAUCUUUUUUGAACAAGUAUGAGAGAGCUUCAGGCCAAUGUAUUAAUAAGGAAAAAACUUCUAUGGUCUUUAGCAAAAAUGUGAAUGAUAACCUGAAAAGAGAUAUUAUGCAGUUGUGGGGUGGCAGCUUUACACAGCAGUAUGAGAAGUAUUUAGGGCUGCCUCCCAUGGUUGGGAGGUCAAAAAAACAAGCUUUUUCUGAUAUAAAGAAGAGAGUGUGGCAGAAGUUACAAGUAUGGAAGGGGAAUCUUUUAUCUCAAGGGGGUAGGGAGGUGCUCAUAAAAGCUGUAGCUAUAUGGGAGAAGUUGUGUGUUUCAAAAUUCCAAGGUGGGAUGAGUUUUAGAGACCUGCAUCUAUUUAAUUUAGCCCUUUUGGCUAAGCAAGGGUGGAGGCUUUUAAGAAAUGUGGAUUCUCUUCUUUACAAAGUUUAUAAAGCCAAGUAUUUUCCAAAUUCUUGUUUAUUUGAAGCCAAGGUUGGUGCUAACUCAUCUUAUGUUUGGAAAGGAAUUUGGGAAGCUCUUGACUGUUUGAGAAAAGGUUGUAGGUGGCGUCUGGGGAAUGGGCAAACUGUGCGUAUUUUUAAGGAUCUAUGGUUACCGGAGUGUCCAAGUGUUUCAACUUUGGUGGAGGUUGAUGAAAACUUAAAAGUUAAUUCUUUGAUAGAUGAUAGCACAGGUUGGUGGAAUGUUCAUAUGGUGAGAGCUCUAUUCAAUCCAAAUUUAGUUCAACAGAUUUUAAAACUACAAGUUUCUAUAGAUGCUGAAGACUCCUUGUAUUGGAGUCAUGAAAAGAAUGGUAGUUUUUCUGUUAGGAGUGCUUAUCGAUAUCUUCAGCAUAACCAACAUCUUUCAAAUGGGCAGUCUUCUACUGGCAGAUAUGAGGCUAUGUUUUGGAAGUCAUUAUGGCAUCUGAAACUUCCUAAAAAGAUGAAGGUUUUUGCAUGGAGGGCGUGUCAGGAGAAGCUUCCAACUUUCCUGAAUCUGAAGAAGAAACAUGUAUUGGAUGAUGCAACCUGUGGGCUAUGUAAUCAAGGUAUGGAAGAUGCUGCUCAUGCUUUGUUUUUUUGUUCGGAAGUAAGGAGUGUGUGGGGGGUUUUUUGUUCUCAAAUGGAUAACAUGCAACCAGAUCUGUCUUUCUGGGAUCUGGCAAAUUUAGCCCAUGUGCAAUUGUUUGAUGUUUCAAAUCAAAAGAUUACUCAGGUAGUACGAUGGCAUCCUCCUCCAAAUGAUUUUCUGAAACUAAAUAUUGAUGGGGCCACCUUUCCUGAACAUUCUGUUGCCAGGAUUGGGGUGGUGUUGCGGGAUCAGUAUGGUGAGGUUAUCGUGGCUUGCUCUAAGGUAGAGAAAGAGGUAUCUUCUGCUGAGUUUAUUGAGGCAGUUGCUCUUCUGCUGUGUACUCAAUGGGGUGUUCCAAAAAUUACGCUUGAAACUGAUUGUUUGGUUUUGGUUAAUGCUUUGAAUGAAAAUUCUGUAUGUUUAACAGAUUUUGCUUUUAUUCUUCAAGACAUACGAAGGCUUAUGGUGGGAUUCCAAGAAGUUAAAGUUGUGCAUGUCAACCGUUUAGGCAAUUUGGUGGCCCAUUGUUUGGCAAGACAUGCUUGGUUGAUUGAUGAUAUUUGUAUGUGGUGGGAUUAUUGUCCUUCUUUUGUUAGUCAAGCUUUAUGGCUUGAUAAACUUGCUAUUUGUAAGGAUAAUUGA